GGAGCUUCACAGACGUAACCCCCGCAAAGGCAGAUCGCGAUUCAGAUUGACGUGCGGUCAUCUAGAAGGAUAUAUCUUCCAUAGCUAGGUAGUACCAGAGAUACUUCUCGCACCACCACCACCACCAGCAAUCGCUCGAAUUCAAGGCCGUUUUGUGCAGAUAGGUGCAGGGUUCGGGACCAGAUCAUCCUCAAUCAAGCUCGGUCUGUGCACUCGUAUUGUCUACCGGCCAAGGUCAACAUCAUCAUGGCAACGAAAGACACCAUGCGUGCAGUUGUGUUCAAAGGCAAACUGCAUAUCGAAGUGGAGGAGAGACCUGUACCUAAGAUCCAAGAUCCAAAAGACAUCAUUGUUAAGGUCAGAUAUACGGCGCUCUGUGGAAGCGAGCUCCAUGUGUACCGCGGACAUCAACCGUCGGACACGGGGUUCAUUAUGGGUCAUGAAUUCACAGGCGAAGUGAUCGAGACUGGAUCCGACGUCAAAUCAAUCAAGAAAGGAGACAAGAUAGUCGCCCCGUUCACUCUCAGCUGUGGUGAAUGCUUUUACUGUAAAGGAGGGUUCUCUUCUCGCUGUGAAAAGUGCAAAUUGUUCGGAUCCCCCGCCCUUGAUGGAGGCCAGGCUGAAUAUUGCCGGAUUCCUCUCGCCGACAGCACGGUUGUCAAAGCGCCCCCAAACAUUGCCGAGGACAAACUCGUCUUGAUGGCGGACAUCUUCCCAACGGGAUAUUUUGCGGCAGCCAAUGCCUUUCGCGGGUUCGAUGAAGCAACGAUACGUCAAAGUGUCGUGCUUUUGAUCGGAUGUGGACCCGUGGGGCUGUGUGCUUUGGUGAACGCCCUCGAAUACAAGCCACGAGCAUUGUUAGCCGUCGACGGCGUGGAAUCUCGAUUAGAACUAGCAAAGAAGCUUGGUGCCGAGCCGUGGAAUUACCAGACAAAUAUGGAAGGGUUGAAGAAGAGAGUCCUUGAGCUCACAGAUGGCCGUGGAGCGGACACGGCCAUCGAAAUUGUCGGUCACAGUGAUGCACUGAAGAUGGGAUUCGAGCUUUUGAGGCCCUGGGGUAACAUAUCGAGCGUGGGCGUUCACAACGCUGAGAUCCCUUGGACUGGAAAUCAAGCAUACGGUAAAAACUUGAGAAUCCAGAUGGGAAGAUGCCCUGUCCGAAGCCUUUUCGAGCCGGCGUUGGACAUGCUGGCCAAGGAGCAGGACAAGCUUGAUUUCAUGACAGAUUGCAUUAAACCAUUGUCGGAGGCAGUCAAGUGGUACGAUGAGUUCAACAAUAUGCGCGUGCAAAAGGUGGUCUUUGAGGCGGACAAAUAGAAGGGCGAAAGUGUUCAGCUCGAAGUUUCGCUGAACCGAAUUGGCGACGGCCUGCUGUAUCAGUGAGCUUCCCAAUGAUAUGCCCUCGAAUGAGCCUAUUCUCGGUCUGCUCAAAGAUUCCUUAUCAGAGGUCAUAGUUGACGUUACCGACGUGUUUCAAGUUGGCCUCGUCAAGUUUUCAGGUGUCCUUUGCCCCGGAACAUAUGCAGCCUUAAUGGAAACGUCGAGGAUGGCAUAAUGACCUGCCUCGGAGAUACGUGGCGGGAGUCAAGAUCCGGGCUGCAUGGUCCCGAUCGAUAUUUGGUCACAUCCGAGAAAAGAAGCAGCGGAGUUCUCAGUGUCAUUAGUGGCUUCUCAUUCUGGAUUCGAGUUCUUCAUACGGCUCUCGGCGCCUUUCUAAGGAACAAUGGGGUAUGUACAGCCUCAUUCUUUGC